GCAAUGGCAACACUUAAACAAUUUGCAGUGCCCGUGAUAAUAAUGUUUAGGUGUCAUUAACAUUUUUUUUUUUUUUUGAAUUGUUUACCGGAUACUGUAAUUUAAUCUUCAAUGAGUUUCCUCCUGCAGUGUGAAAAUUUUGAUGAUUUUUUUAUGUGAAUUUUUUGGUAAUCUAGUAUCAGAUUGAUUACUUAGAAGAACCGAAAACGGGUGCGAAAAGUCGAAAAAUUCACCGGCCUGCUGCUGGUUGGAAAAAAGCCGAAACGUCGUCUUCGUCCGCGUUGACUUAUCCCAUGUUUUUUCAAGUUUUGUUCGCCAUUACGCGAUUGGGACGAUCUCCAAGGAAAAAAAUCUGUUUUCUGUCUCCAAAAAAUUUCGAGUGAUUUUUAGACUAUUUUGUUUAAGUUAAAAUGGAUGAUGACCAUAAGAACUUGAAGACUUCCGAGAUAAAUAACUUGAGGAAACUGAGUUUUUUAGGAUUUCAUUCUAGGAAUAAUGGCACUACUGGCGAUUCCGAUGUGCAACUGGACGACGAAUGCGCCAAAGUAUUCGCAAUGGACACCGGCAUUUCCACUGUCUUUGAUUUUCGGGACAAGGAAUUUCAACCCAAGGCGAAGUACGACGAAAAAGACUUUGAACAACACCGUCAAGAAAACUACCCCCACAGCCAUGCUUUUGUUAAAAAAGGUACCAAAUCUAUGAGGCGAAGAAAUGUUUCUCAAGAUUCGACCCCUCACAACACCCCCACCGAUACCCCUAAGGAUUCUGGUACUGGAACACCUUCUACCGAUCAACCUCCUACUAUUAGCAACUUGAGUAGCUUCAGAUCAAAAAUUGGUGACUCAGAAACUGGUCCACUAAACUCGCCAGUUCUCCAAGCGGAAGACGAUGCCGACAACCAAAGCUCAGACUCGGAAUGCGUCGUUUCUGAUCCGUGCAACUAUUUCGUUCAGAAUGAUUCUGAGCAAACCAGUCCCGAUAAAAAAGUGUCGUUUUUGAACAGCGAAGAAUACCGAGACACUUUCGAUCCGGACGGACUUAAAAAGAAAAGACGUCAUCAUUAUGGUGGUCAAAGGAAAUUUUCGCUUCCAGUUGAGGGUGCGCACAAGAAAAAACAUAAUCACCAUCAUUAUUUUGAAAAGAACAGGAGCGAUGGACCCCCGGAAUAUUUACACCACAAGGAAGUACGCAGGGUAUCAAUUCAGCCUGAAGACGAAGAACUCCCUGAAACCGAUCGUGACCAAUUGGACAGUCAUAGAUCCGAUGAUCCCAAAGGCCUACGACGUCAUAAGGCCUCCAUAAUGCAUAUCGGCAAGGGUGCAGAGUUGCACCCUUUCCUGAAGAAACUUUAUGAUCACAGCCCUCACGCGAUCUUUGUGGAGCUCAGUGAACUUCUCAAAAGUGAAGAAGACACAGAAAAAGAAUGGAAAGAAACAGCUAGAUGGAUCAAAUACGAAGAAGACGUCGAAGAAGGUGUGGAUAGAUGGGGCAAACCUCAUGUGGCUUCACUCAGUUUCCAUUCUCUACUCAAUCUUAGAAAAUGUUUGGAAAAUGGGGUGUGUAUUUUGGAUUUAGAAGAAAAAGAUAUGCCAGCAAUUGCCUACAGAGUCACCGAAGAACUAUUUAAAGAAGACCUUAUUAGAGAAAACGAUAAAGGGCCUCUAAUGCGAAUGCUCUUGGUACGCCACAGGCACGUAAACGAACAACAUGAACGCAGAUUCGGAUUCACCAAAAACAAGCACAGCUAUACUUCAUUGCAGUCUUAUUGGAUGGAAGAAAGUGCAAAGCUGGACGCAACGUUUUUGUCGCAUUGCGCAGCUUGCGCAUCACUAGGUCGAAUAUGCCCCGCCCAUUUAGCAGUCAAGGGUCGGUCGUUUUCCGUAAUCGGAUUCACGCCUCAUAAUCUCUAUGAUGCUGAAAAGCGUAAAAUCAGCUUUCCGGAAACGGGCCUAAAAAAUGGAGACGCCGAUCACAAACUUUUGCCAGGCAACGAUAUCCAUGCCAUCGAUAUGAAAGAAGAAAUGUACUCGGUUUCAAAUGAAGACAUCCAUAGGGCUAGAAACGAUGCUAUUUUGAAGAAAAUUCCGGCUGAAGCUCAAGGAGCCAGCGUCCUAGUUGGAGACGUGGACUUUUUAGAGCAACCAGCUAUAGCUUUUGUCCGAUUAGCUGAACCUGUUGUUAUACCAUCCUUGAUUGAAGUCACCAUUCCUGUGAGGUUCAUCUUUAUAUUAUUGGGGCCUAAACUACCAACAAUUGACUAUCAUGAGGUUGGUCGUUCGAUAUCUACUCUGAUGGCCAAUCAACAAUUCCACAAUAUAGCCUACAAAGCGGACUCGCGCAAAGAACUUUUGUCCGCCAUCAAUGAGUUUUUGGACGACAGUAUAGUGUUGCCGCCUGGCGAUUGGGAGAGGCAAGCGCUUCUACCCAUAGAAGAAAUCAAAUCCAAGAGUGAUGCAAUCAAACGUAGGAAGUUGAACGCUUUGAAGAAGGAACAAGAAGCUCAAGGUAUCACCAAGCCUUUGUUAGUCUCAGACGGUGGCGAAAAGAAACCACCCUUCAAAGAUCCCCUGGAACGUACCAAACGUCCAUGGGGUGGUUUAAUAAACGACCUAAAGCGUCGCUAUCCUCAUUAUCUUAGUGAUAUUACUGACGGCCUGGAUGCUCAAUGUGCAGCGGCCUCAAUUUUUAUGUAUUUUGCUGCUGUAAGUGGGGCCAUCGCUUUUGGAGGUUUGAUGGGGCUGAAAACCGAAAAUCAAAUCGGUAUCAGUGAGACUUUAUUGGCUACGUGCGUUGCUGGAGUUUUGUUUGCUAUUUUUUGCGGACAACCGUUGAUUAUUGUUGGAACUACAGGUCCUUUAUUGCUUCUUGAUGAAAGUUUAUUUCAAUUUUGUCAAUCGCAAGGAUUUGAAUUUUUAACUAUACGAGUCUAUAUUGGGCUAUGGCUAGGCAUAAUAGGAAUUGUAGUGGCCGCUUUUGAAGGCAGCGUUUUGGUGAAACUUUUUAGCAGAUUCACCGAAGAUAUAUUUUCCGCCCUUAUAGUGCUACUGUAUAUUAUCGAGAGCAUACAGAAAGUAUUUUUUGUGUACACUAGAAAUCCGAUUUUAGCCAAUUAUUGUGAAUUUGAAGUGACUUCAUUCAGAAAUGCUUCUGAAAAUGAUACACUAAUCCAAGAAAACCCUACUUUAAACAUUACAGACAUUCUUAUUCCAGUGAGUCAUCAAGAAAAAGUCCCUGGCUAUGACCGUACUGGACGAAUCAACCAACCAAAUACUGCUUUAUUUUGUACCAUCCUAACUUUGGGCACCUUUGCAAUAGCUUAUUAUUUAAAAAUCUUCAGAAACAGUCAUUUCCUUGGCCGUUCAGCCAGACGUGCUCUGGGCGACUUUGGAGUUCCGAUAGCAAUAAUUUGUAUGGUUUUCCUAGACUUUAUGACACCAGAGAUUUUCACUGAAAAACUUAACGUGCCUGAAGGGCUUUCGCCGUCAUCUCCAGACUUCAGAGGUUGGCUCAUACCACCAGGAGGCAUCGAAAAACCAUUGCCCAUGUGGGCUAUGUGGGCUUCUGUAGUACCCGCAAUGCUGGUUUAUAUUUUGUUGUUUAUGGAGACACACAUUUGCGAAUUGAUUCUUGACAAAAAAGAACGUAAAUUGCAAAAGGGGGCAGGGUAUCAUCUGGACAUAGUUUUGUUGUCCUUGACUAAUAUUUUGUGUGGCUUUUUCGGAUUUCCGUGGAUGUGUGCAGCUACUGUGCGUAGUAUAGCGCAUACCAGCGCUUUGACUGUGAUGUCUAGGACUCACGCUCCCGGACAAAAACCGUUUUUGAUUGAAGUCAAGGAACAACGUUUGACCAGUUUGUGCGUAGCGAUUUUAAUCGGUUUAUCAGUAUUUAUGUCUCCAUUACUAAGAUUGGUACCAAUGGCUGUACUUUUUGGUAUAUUUCUGUAUAUGGGGGUGGCUUCAAUUGAUGGUAUUCAACUCUUUGAUAGGUUGCGACUGUUCUUUAUGCCUGUUAAACAUCAUCCGCAAGCUUGUUAUGUCCGAAAGGUUCGUACAAUGAAAAUGCACAUCUUCACUUUCGUCCAAAUGAUGUGCCUGAUAAUGUUGUGGGUGGUCAAAUCGACGAAAGCUUCUUUGGCUUUUCCGUUUUUCCUGAUUUUGAUGGUACCAGUUAGAGACCAACUAAAACACAUAUUUUCACAGAGGGAGCUUCGUGCUUUAGAUGGUGAUCAAGCAGAUGUGGAUGAUGACGAGCCAGAUUUCUACGCCGAAGCUCCACUUCCGGGUUAAAUUCUAUUGAUAUUUCAUUCAACAUUCACCCUUUUUAUCAAAUUUGGGCAGUAUUUGCAAUGGGACCAAAAUUUGUACAAAAAGGGUUGGACUUUACUUAGGUACUUAUUUUGUAUCUCAAAUAAUUGUACUUAUCCAAAAAUAAUUCUAUUUUUAAUAACCUAUAGUACUUAAGUUAUUAUUCUUAAUUAUUUUCACUCAUUUCAAUCAAAUAAGAUUAUAUUAGUAUUCCAGUUAGUGUACAGUAUCAUUAUAUUCUAUUGCAUAUAGGCUCUAAAAUUUGUUAUUAAUUAUUGAAACUUUUCAUUUUAAUGUAAAAUACCUAAUUAAUAGUUGAUUCCAAAAAGAAUUAGUUGAUGAAAAACCAAAUAUUUUGGUGACUGAUAGUUCAAGAAGUUUGUAUUUUUUUGGAAUUGUGAGCUUCUAAAACCGCUUAUAGGAAGUCCAAAAUUUUGUAGCAAUUUUGAGCAAACUCAACUAUUAAAUUGAUGUCCUUUCAAAGUUUACUGGCUGUAUAUGUACACAACUUUAGAUUUUAACAUUGAAGCCAAUUUCAUGUAAAUAUUUAUUAAAGGUGAGAGCAAUAAUAAUUUAUGGUUUUGAUAAUAUGAAAUUGGUUUUAAAUUGUUAGUAGUAUAACUUGAUGCAGGAAUGUCUAAUUCGUGGUACAAUAAUUGAAUGACAGAAUCAAAUUAAGAAGAAUUUAAAAAUAAAAUGUUAGGUACUUGAAAUCCUUUAUUGAAAAACUAGGUAGUAUUUUCUAACUGUGAUUUAAACAAUGAAUAGAUUUUAAAAUUUUCAAAUAGUUAUAUUCUGUUCUAUUUCUAUAUAAGCAUAUUGUAGAUAUAUUAUAUGUAUAUUAUAUAAUUAUCAAUACAGAAACUAUAAAUUA